AUGUUACUUGUGUAUCCAUUUCACAAAAAAAAUAUAAAUAAUUAUACAAUGGAAAUUGAGAAGAGAAAGAAGAAGAGAGUCACAAAAGAAGAUGAAGAAAAAGAAGAGAAUAGUGGUGUUCCAACCGAGGAAGAAGUUGAAGAGUUUUACACAAUACUCAAAAGAAUGAAAGUAGCUGUCAAAUAUUUCGACGACAAAGGAAAAGCCGGAAGAGAUUGGAGAAAAACGCUUGAGAAACCGGCGGAGAUCGCCGUCGCCUACGGCGGAGAAAAUAUCGCCGCCGUCAAAUCUGGUGGGGAAGUGCUAACUAUAAAUCAUGGUUUUGACUUGAACGCUGUGGCUCCUGAAGCCGCCGAAAACGGUGGCGCGUAG